GGGGCGGGGGGGGGAUUUCGUUUCGUUUUUGGUUUUUCCAAAAGCCGCCCGAAGCCGACCCCUUAACAUCUCCGGCCGUCGUGGUGCAUUGAACGGGUCAUUUGAACAAUGGCCUAUUAUACAGUUUGGGGCGGGGGAAUACGACGAUACAUUUUCACUGCACUCUGCGCCGAAGUGGGUGCAAACUGAGCUGCGAGUAACCGCACCGCGAUCUCAUCCUCCGCGACCUUCUCUCAUGCUAGCUCUAUCCAUUCCCUUCUCUCUCCUCUUCCUCCGAUAAUACAGCCAGCGAAGCGGCAAACCCUAAUCCUCCUCUCCAUCUCUCCGUGACAUCGCCGAUCCUUCGCAGACCCUAAUCCCCGAUCCUUCGAAACCGUGAAAAUGCCGUGCGACUCCUGAGGGCUCCCGAUCCAAUGGCGGCGGCGGAGGAGGAAUCACGUCUUUGUUCUGGAAGGUUCUCGAUCGGGUACGCGCUGGCCCCGAAGAAGCAGCAGAGCUUCAUCCAGCCCUCGCUGGUGAGCCUCGCCCGCGCCCGUGGCAUCGACCUCGUCCCGAUCGACCCCUCCCUCCCCCUCUCCCACCAGGGGCCCUUCCACUGCGUCCUCCACAAACUCUACGGCGACGAGUGGCGCGCCCAGCUCGACGCCUUCGCCGCCCGAAACCCUAGCGUCCCCGUCGUCGACCGCCCCGCCGCCAUCGACCGCCUCCACAACCGCAUCUCCAUGCUCCAGGUCGUCUCCGAGAUCGACGUGGGCGGUGGCGGCGAUCGGAGCGAGACCUUCGGGAUCCCUAGCCAGGUCGUGGUCUACGACGCCGCCGCGCUCGCCAACUCCACCCUCGUCGGCGCCCUCCGCUUCCCCGUCAUCGCGAAGCCCCUCGUCGCCGACGGCAGCGCCAAGUCGCACAAGAUGGCCCUCGUCUUCCACCGCGAGGGCCUCCGCAAGCUCAAGCCCCCGCUCGUCCUCCAGGAGUUCGUCAACCACGGCGGCGUAAUCUUCAAGGUCUACGUGGUCGGCGACCACGUCCAGUGUGUCAAGCGCCGGUCCCUGCCAGACGUUUCCGAGGAGGGGCUCGAGCGCAACGCUGAGGGGUCGGUCUCCUUCUCGCAGAUAUCCAACAUGACCACCACAAAGGACUCCAUGGAGGAGCCGCUGCUAGAGGAGGCCGAGAUGCCGCCGCUCAGCUUCGUGGCCGAGAUUGCACGCGGCCUCGGGCGAGCGUUGGGGCUCCAUCUGUUCAAUUUUGACGUGAUAAGAGAUGUUAGGGUAGGGAAUCGAUAUCUCGUGAUCGACAUUAACUACUUCCCCGGGUAUGCUAAGAUGCCGGGCUAUGAGGAGGUGUUGACGGACUUCUUUUGGAAAAUCGUGCACGAGCAGAAUAAAGAUGGGGCCGAUGAUAAGGAGUCGUCUGUUGGUGAUGCUGAGAAAUAAAACAGAGGCCAGUGAGGAAGGCGCUGUGAGAUCUCUUUGCUUGAUCCAUUUUAAUUUUGAUAGUAGAGCCUUAAAUGAUCACUUAGCCUUUGAGACUCUGUAUAUCCUUUCUUUGAAUUGGUGAUAGUGAUAUCAUUUGAUAUCUUUGUUGAGCACUUUCUAAUCAAUAGCUAGAGAUUGUAUUCAUGGGAUCGGAUAUGCCAAAAGGUUUUUGUCUAAUUCAUCUCAUCUUGAACAGUUGCUUGUGAGUCAAUUGACAAUUGCUUUAUUGAUUGCGAAAUACUCUUUACUCUGA